AUGAGAAUAAUCAAAUUUAAUAAGCCUUCUGUUAAUGUUAGUAAUAGUGAUAAAUCAAAUAUUUGGAAUAAUACAAAUGAAGAAGUCAUUUUAGAAUUUAUUUCAUUAAAGGCAACUAUAUCACCUGGUAUUUCUGCAAAUUCAUAUAUUGAAGUUGAGAAAUUGCAAAAAUUACUUAUUAGCCGAAAAGAUGAUAUUGACUAUAUAUUAAAAUUACAGCCUGUGUAUGCCAUAGGAAUUGAUUUUCAACAAAAUUCUACUAGCCCAUGUAUUGCCUGUUGGGUUGCUAAACCUCUUGACAUUCCGAUUCUAGAAUGUCUUGAAACCAUAUUUGAAGAUCAAUUUGAAGUGAAUGCUAAAGUUAUGAAUCUAGAUAUCUUUCAAGAUUUUUAUAUUUCUGCUUGUCUUUGGGCAAAAACCACUCCUGGAAAAGAAGUCAGAAUUCUAGAUUAUGAUAUUAAUGUAAAUGGUUGUGGAGUUGGAGAUAUGCUUAGUAAUAGUUGGUCAUCACUUAAAAAUUUAGGUAUUGGUUAUUUUCUUCAUUCUACUGAAGUUCAAGUUUCUCCAACGCCUGAUAUUAUGGAUAAUUUAUUUUGGUUAAAGUUUUCACAACCAACUCAAUCAAAUCGAAAAGUUGAAUUUUCAACAGAUAGUGAAAAAAUCAUAAAUGGCACAUUUGGAACAUCAAACAGUAUUACAGGUGGUAAAAGAAAGGUUUAUAAUACUAAAUUCUCAUCAAAUGAAUGGAAAUUAUCUUAUAAAGGUCCGUUUGGUAAAGGGGAACGUUGGUUAUAUAAAUACAUUGAUAAUGACCUAGAUAAAGAUGGCAGCAAUAGAGAAAAUUUUGCCCCAGGAGCCCAUUCUGGUCAGUGGUUUAUUAAGAAAGAGAUGCAAGGAUUUUGUAUCACGAUUACUCAAAUAUUACGCUGUGAGGUUACCCAUGGUUUGCGCAGAUUUAUUCCACAAACAAAACCAAAGUUAUUGCAACUUUGCCCGAUGAUGUGCCAUAGUCUUAAAUUAACUUUUAAUGAUCUUAACGACAUUAGUGCAAAAUUAACAAAUCUCAAUCAAUUUUGUUAUGAUGAAAACAUGGAUAUUACUGUUGGAAGCAAUGAAGCAAUAAAUAUCAACAAAACUAAAAACCAAAUAAUUCAGGAUUUAAAAGGUGAAAUCAAUUGUUCAAUUACGCAAAAAGAAUAA